AUGGGAUUAGGCUUAGAUCAUAAAGUGCUGGUUGUUCUCGAUCAUGGUCCACGCUUCGCGAAAAAAGCUGGAAAUCCGCUUUCCAUCACCCUCAAGGAGUCUAGCGUGAAUCGCACAGUUGGAAAGUGUGAUAAAUCUCUUUGGACUUGGUGUGUCGAAGCGACGCUCGAACUUCAUCGAACUGUCUCUGACCUUUUCUCUGAAGAACGGGACCCCAGCUCUGCCCGCCUCAUGCGUCUUGUUCUCGCUGAUUUCGUUGGUAGAGUGCUCCAGCCACGAUGGGGUACUCAGCUCGUAACGCAACAAGAGCUCUUGGCAUCCCUAUCGGCUAUUGGUUUGCCCUCUACCAAUGACGAAGGAGAAAGUCUAGCUUUGAGUGGCGUCACUCUGGCUAUAGAAGCUCUGAGUCAAUUGAGCGAAGCUCAAAUGAAAGGAGAGAAGAGUGAAGCUUCGAGUGAAAAUGUGACAGGUUCACUGAUGGUGUUUUCGGGUAAUGCGACAUAUCCUACUACACGCCUAGUAUGGGCAACCCCAGUUCCGAAAGGGCGAUGGAAUAUGCAUGUCGCGAAAAGUGAAGGUUUGCUUGGAAACGUUGGAGCGAAAUUGAUUGCUCAUACGCUGAUCGCUCAUGGAGGCCAUAUUUACAUUCAUGCAAACGACCUGGGACCUCACAAAUUGUUGGACGCUCAGGAUGUGCGUGAGAAGAUGAAAUUGAAAAGAACAGCAAAUGCUCGCAUAUCUGAUUUCAUUUCUCUAAUGAAAGAGUCAACCCUGCGCAUGUCGAAUGAUGUGGACAAAAAAGUGGCGCUCCCGGCCACGAACGUGUUGUGCGCUCAACCACGUCGCCACCUUCUUCGUGUUACGCGGUACUGGCCUUUACGUUUCGAUCGGACAUUUAUUUAUAAUAUCCCGAAACGGUUCGAUGCUUUCUUUACCAUCAUGAGACAACCACAACUAUCCACCGUUGAUGUCGACAAAUGCAAGCAGGUUAUUCAUCAAUUGGUGGCACUGAAGGAUUCCAAGGAAAGGCUUCUAGAUGGUUAUGUUGCUACGCGACUGUUGACGGAUUCCAACUCAAGAGAUGAACAACUGCAAGUGUGUUUUGCGGAAAUUGCUCGUCAUUUGGCUAAUUACGCGAAUCAUUCCGAAAAACAUAACGAGGUGUUCCACUUCUUCGUGCAAUCUGCUGGAAUAGAGCGCAAUGUAAAGAUACCUUCAUCUGAUGUUCUAGUGACAGAUCGAAUUCACUGCAAGAGACAAGAAUCUUCCUGCACGAACUCGGCUAUGCCCUCAGUCUCUGUCACCUCGUCAACUGCUUCUGAUAUGAGGAGUUCGAAUCGCAGCGAUUCUCCUCUGCCUAAGAAACCAAGAAAAUCAUGCUACCUGUGGAAGCCGAAUGAAACGUUGAAUUUAUUUGAUUAUCUCAUGGAGAAGGAAGAACGUCAACAUCGAUCUCAGUGGGUAGACUUUGUUGGUCGGGUGAAAGCGGGCAACCGCCCAGCAAAUCUCUAUCCUAAUCUCGAGUCCGCAGCAGUGUCUACUAAGCAGGAUUAA